UCAUCAACCAGUGCACCGGAUGCACCAUCUGGUGGUGGUGGCUAACUUCUUUUUUUUUCUCAGGGGUGGUGGCCGCUGUUUGGCUUCAUAGUUUCCAGAUCAGCCCACGAAAGCAUGGGAAUGUUGCGAGGGAAUUUCUGAGUUAACUUCUGUUAAAGUGCUAGAUAACUUCCCUUAAGUUUCUCAAAAGCUGUUCCACAUACCAGGAGCUUCGUUGUACCAACAAAGACUGUUAGCGAAACGCUGUUGGGGCAUUUCACCAGCGAGCAAUUCCGGACAAAGGAAAAGAGACUUGUGAGCUAACGUUAGCUGGCUCACGGGCUAACUUAGCAUUCCUCUAGCUGCAGCGCAAUGCAGGCCAUAAAGUGUGUCGUUGUCGGAGACGGAGCUGUGGGUAAGACCUGCCUGCUCAUCAGCUACACCACCAAUGCCUUUCCUGGAGAGUACAUCCCCACAGUCUUUGACAAUUACUCCGCCAAUGUUAUGGUGGACGGGAAGCCAGUGAACCUGGGCCUUUGGGAUACAGCAGGACAAGAGGACUAUGACAGACUCCGCCCACUCUCAUACCCACAGACGGAUGUGUUUCUCAUCUGCUUUUCACUUGUGAGUCCUGCCUCGUUUGAAAACGUCCGUGCCAAGUGGUACCCUGAGGUCAGACACCAUUGUCCCAACACUCCCAUCAUCCUGGUGGGUACCAAGCUGGAUCUGAGAGAUGACAAGGACACCAUAGAGAAACUGAAGGAGAAGAAACUCUCCCCAAUCACAUAUCCCCAAGGACUGGCGAUGGCCAAAGAGAUUGGUUCCGUAAAGUACCUGGAGUGCUCAGCCCUGACUCAGCGUGGCCUUAAAACUGUGUUUGAUGAGGCCAUUCGGGCCGUCCUCUGCCCUCCACCCGUCAAGAAGAAGGGGAAGAAGUGCUCUCUCCUCUAAGACUUCCUCCACUGGAACGGUUACCGGGGAACAUGACCGCUAGUGGUGAGGGUUUCUUGAGAUAACAGGAGAAACACACCAGUAUACACGCAAAAACAAUGUACUUCAGAUUCUUUCCUUCCAUAUGUGUAGCUACAGCAGUUAUACCAACCAUUUCCAUGAAAGAUUUGACUUAGGGGUCAGAUUUAGGAGAGGGGGUUGGAGGAUUAUAGACCUUAGUUCUUUCCCAACAUUGUAUACUGUAUAGACAAGUGAAAUGAAAAUCUUGAGGCCUUCUGAAAUGGAUUGGAUGUUUUGUAAAAUGGACCGUGGAAUGUUUUCAAUUUGUUCUUCCACUGGUUGUACACUUUUUUUUUUUUUUGUUUACAGUUUUCAUUGUUCAUUUUGAGUGGAUGAAAAUGUUGCCAAAUGCAUUUUGCAAACGUGCUGUAUUUUAGCAGAAAGGCAAACUUUUGUUCUCCUGUCUCAAACCUUUGACAAUACAACUGACAGUUUUCUGUGUGUUUGGCCUCAUGACCAAUGGCAUUUUAUCAAAUUUCAGUUUCACUUCGUGAGGACAGUCAUGUGUCAUUGCACUGUCAAUGAGGAACUUGAAGUAACCAUCUGUGAAGUUCUUUUUGCCUGAACUAGUGUUCAUUCCUAGCACGAUUCAUGUUAAUCCCUUCUCAUGGACAGAAUGGCAACCCGAGACCUAUUGGGAAUAUAGACCGAGAACAGAUCUUCUGACACCAUCAGUGCUAUUACACUAUUAACCAUUGAAAUGAUCCAGUAUUUUAUGUGGUUGGCUCAAAUUGAACCUGUCAGGUUUAUGGUAUUUUUCUUUCCUCUGCAAUAUUCCCCCUAGAAGCGUCUCAACUGUGUAGCUGCCCAGAAGUGCAAAAGUUCAAACAUUUUUGUUAGAUAUUGGAUUAGAAAUGUUUAGGUGUAUUGGUGGUGGGGAACAAGAGCACCUUUAAUGCUCUGUGGGCAUUUAUCAGAAACCUUUUGUGCAGCACAUUUUGAUUUUAAUAGCAUCACUACUGGCUAAGCAAUGUCACUAAGAGCAUUAAUGUCUGCUAAUAACAGUAACAAAGCUACUGUCGGUUAUGGUGUAGUAUAAAGUGUACUCAUCUUUUUUUGUUAUAAUCAUGUGAUUUGACUAUUUUGUAUCUUUCUUCACAGAAGUUACACUUCACUCACUGUAUUGUUUAACUAACACUAUGAAUAUCCUUUGUUUAUUACCUCUGCAGUUAACGCUACCUUAAUCUCCCUACAAGCCUAGCUUUUUGUAAUUAAUGCAGACAGCAUGUAUGUGCAACAUAUACUGAAAACUAAGAUUAGAAUUGCUACAGUUAUAUUUUUGCCUAUUUACAAAAUGUAUUUGAACUACUAGAUCAGGGGUUAAGUACAUGUUGCUCAUCUGUAUUGUAUUCAGACAUCAAGCUGUGCUUUAAUUCAAGCCAAUGUUGUGACUCUUAAGUUUUAUGGAUAAAAGCUAUUGUCACUUUUUGAAAAGCCAAUAAAUUCAAGUAAAACAGA